AUGGAGACACAGCUAGACCCCAUGAAGGAUGAUUUGCCCUUAAUGGCCAACACUAACUACAUGCUUGUAAAGCAUUAUAUAUUGGACAUGGAUGUGGAUUUUAAAAGUAAAGUUAUUGAAGGCGUCAUAGUUUUAUUCUUUGAGACUGGGAGCCAGUACAGGAAAACCCGCAGUACUGGCAAAGACUGCUGCCAGUCACAGUUUGAUGAAACCUGUGAAGUGAGGGCAUGUGAACCCUGCUACACUCCUAUGACAAAUGUGAGUGCCUGUUCAUCUAAGCCGGAAUAUAAUGAUUUUGCUGUCUGUGGUAAAGGUGAAGAAGAUACUUCUGAUAAAAAUGGUAACCAUAGCAACGAGGCACAGGCUUCUGGGAUUUCUAGUUCAAAGGACAUCUGUGACAUAGAGAAUCAUGGGAACAAGGAUUUUCUGCUGGUACUGGACUGCUGUGAUUUAUCCGUACUGAAGGUUGAGGAGGUAGAUGUUACUGCUGUGUCAGGCAUUGAAAAAUUCACAAGGUCUGCCAAGCUAACGGAUGUUUCAAAGCAGCUAGAAAAUCUCAGGAAUCAGAUUGUACAUGAACUUGUGGCUUUACCUGCAGAUUGCUGGAAGGAACAGCUAUACUAUUUUACUCUCUGCAGCCAGGCACCUGGCUGUGGAGAGCUUCUGUUUACUACUGGCACUUGGAGCUUGGAGAUAAGAAAAUCAGGAGUUCAGACUCCAACAGACUUUCCUCAUGCAAUAAGAAUAUGGUACAAAACCAAACCAGAAGGAAGAUCUGUUACGUGGACUACAGACCAGAGUGGCAGACCAUGUGUUUAUACGAUGGGAUCGCCAAUAAACAACAGAGCUCUUUUCCCAUGCCAAGAGCCACCUGUUGCCUUGUCAACGUGGCAAGCCUCAGUCCGAACAUCUGCAGACUUUGUUGUGUUAAUGAGUGGUGAAAACUCAGCAGACCCAGUCCAGCUUGAAGAAGGUAUCUUGAGCUGGUACUACUAUGUGACUAUGCCAAUGCCAGCAUCCACCUUCACUAUUGCUGUGGGGUGCUGGCAGGAAGUUAAACAGCAGGGCUUCAUAGCCGCUACCCAGACAAACACUAACUUUUCCUUGCCAUCUUCACAAGCUGAUUUCAGAUGGCAUGAAGAAAUCUGUGGUCAUGUGGAAUAUCCCUGCCGUUUCCAGGAUCCUGCUGCCAGGUUGCAGGCAGUCAUUCCUUACAGAGUCUUUACUCCCUGUUGCCUUAUGAAAUGCUGCGAAGAACAUUUGCUUCAUCUAAUUCCUCAGUGCCUCUCAGCUGCUUACACCACACUGGGUACCCACCCCUUUUCCAGGCUUGAUGUUUUGAUAGUUCCUUCCAACUUUUCCAGCCUGGGAAUGGCUAGCCCACACAUCAUCUUCCUGUCUCAGAGUGUACUGUCGGGAGGGACCCAGCUCUGUGGAACACGUCUGUGCCAUGAAAUUGCUCAUGCUUGGUUUGGACUGGCCAUUGGUGCUCGCGAUUGGACUGAAGAGUGGAUAAGUGAAGGGUUUGCCACUUUUUUAGAAGAUGUAUUUUGGGCUAGGGCACAACAGCUGUCACAUGAUGAAGUAAAAGGGCAGCAGGAAUGGCGCCGGCUCAGAGAUGAGGUGCAAAACUCUGAAGAAGAGCUGCAAGUUUUAAGGUAA